UGAGUUAGCCACAUCUCCCCGUAGUGUUCAACGCCUCGACAUUUUCAGGUCAACAACCUUCAGUCUGAAUACGGAGUGUGAUUUAAAGAACCAGGGUCGCCGUUGUAGCGAUCAUAUCGUUAUAUUAUACACACACUAGCUCUCAACUGACGGUGGACUCCGGUUCUUUAUAUCCUAAAGCUAGCUAGCUAACGGUCGCGUUAGCAAAACAGCUCCAGGGAUGGCGGAGGUUCCCGGGACUUCAAGUGAGACGAUAACGGAGACUGUUCAGACUAGCACACCGCCACCGCCCCAGCAGGAGGGACGCAGCCUGACCAUCAAGCUGAGGAAGAGGAAGACGGAGAAGAAGGUGGAGUGGUCCAGUGACACCGUCGAUAACGAGCACCUAGGAAGAAGGUCUUCAAAAUGCUGCUGUAUCUACGAGAAGCCACGGCAGUUUGGAGAGUCGUCCUCUGAAAGCGACGGAGACGAUGACGACGAAGGCUGCGGCAGCGCUCACUGCAUCCUGGGCCACGGCAGGAGGGGUCCUGGACAGGGGGGCGGCGGGGGAACCACGAGGCCCCCAAACUCUGGAGGGCCACACACACACUAGCGUGGCUCAGCACGACAGUGACACAUUACAGCGCUGCACUCUUGUUUAGCUUAGCUCCAUCACUGAAGCCCAGGUAGGCCUGAUGCUGCCAGACACUCUGCUGGAGCCGGGGCUGCUGCUCUGGAAACACAGAGCAACAGGGAUUACUGAAUUAGCCACAUUGAAAAUCCUGCUCUCCUUUCAACAGCUAAACGCAUGCUCAGUAUUGUGCCAACUGACAUACAUAACUUGGAAUGAAAGCUACAAGUUGACAUUUUCAAAUUUCUUUUAAAGAAGUAGUGCUUUUAAAGCACCAAAAGGAGACCUGCUGUAAUAAUAGAAUGUUGGAGGCCAUAGCGGUCUUUUUUUUGUGUGUUCCAGCUCUUUUAGAACAGACCACACACAGCACGCAUUGCAUCACUGCUGAGCAUUUCCAAAGCAUGGAGCAGAAUGGUGGGAUUAAAACGCUUUGCUACUUGUCAGGCAGCCGUUGGUUUCCGUUUAUUUCACUAUGCUGUUCAAUAAACUCUGAGGUUUGAGAUCCCUCACAGUGAACUUUGACUUUUGUCAGAGUUGUUAUGCAGAGAUGCAAUUAAGGUCACAACAGACGAUUAGUUUCGUCAUCCCUUAAUCUGCUGAAUAUUUUCUCAGUCAAUGGAGUAGUCGAUGUCAGCAGACAGAACCGUGUCCGCGCCACUAUCCAGGACCAGCGGAAGUAUCCGAUCCUCACACCGCAGAGGCUAGAACCAGCGAGCGUUUGGCACUCUUACUUCAGAACGACAAAAGAUUAGCAGUACUCAAUUAUCAUAGUUGCAGAUUACUGACACGUUGACAGAUCUGUUCUGAUCUAUAAUUGAUUUGUUUUCAAUUCAUUUGUCAAUCGUUUUAAUCUUCAGAAUGUCAAAAAAAAAGAAGAAAAAAGAACACAAGCUAUGAGGCGACAUCUGAAAAUGGCUUGUUCUGUCCAGAAACCCAAAGAUAUUCACGGUAGUGAAAAUAUGUUGGCAAAUUUGACUGAUUUAAAAGGUAUUGAUUUUUUUUUUACACAAAAUGCGUCAUCAGCUUGCUUGAGCAGCCAAUGGUAACUAAACUUUUACAACAAUGAAAAACAGAAAUGAUGCUGUAUGACUUCACUGUGCUUUGGGAAACGGUCAGCAGCAGUAAUGUAAACUAUCGGGCUGUAAUAAAUGAGCUAACGCACGUAAAAACACUAGUUACAUACUUCUAUUGUAGUGAUGUCACCAUGUCGGAAGACAACACGGAUUAUGAAUGAGCCUUAUUGAAAAAGCUGGUCUCCUUUCAGCCGCUAAAACAUGACCUUUUAACACACAGACGCGCAGGGCUGAUGCGUUGGACUAUGGCGAUGUUUGUGCAUGUUUUGGCCCUUUUACUUGACAGUGCAGACCCCGUGAUACUGUAGUAAGAUGAGCGGAAACUAAUGGCUGCUGAUGAAGCCGAGCAAAAGCACUUUGGAGUGCAUCAGCAGUAAUGCAAAGUGUUUGUGCCAUGAAUGCGCUGAAAGGUAUAAAAGCACUGGAUCUAAUGUAACCAUAAUGAAUGACAUCAGUGCAGUCUGGCUGUGUGCCCCCGGCAGCAUGCAGUGUGUCUCUCUCUCUCUCUCUCUCUCUCACACACACACACACACACACACACACACACACACACACACACACACACACACACACAGUGCGUCUCACUAUCUUUGUGGGGACCCGUCAUUGACAUAAUGCAUUCCCUAGCCCCUUACCCUCUCCCUAACUAUAACCUAAUUCUAACCCUAAUCCUAAAACCAAGUCUUAACCCUCAAACUGCCCUUUAAUGUUGUGGGGUCCAUCAUUUUGGCCCCACAAAGCUGCCCGGACCCCACAAGUAUACUGUAUUCCCAGUUUUUGGACCCCACAAAUGUAGUUAAACAAGAACACACACACACACACACACACACAGGCUACCUGCCUCUGGGUUUCCUUUUGACAGAGUUAAUUGUAUAUAAUACUGCACAUUGUUUAGUAUUCUAUGUUUGAUUUGCUGCUCUUUCAUUCAUAAACUUGCUAACCCUGGACAUGCAGUGGAGCCCAGUCUGUGUAGUAACCGUGCCAUUACAAACCACUAGGGCUAGGUUCAAAUAAUCCAUCCUCCAGUUAAAAUCCAAUCUUUGUUUGAGUGAUCUGAUAUUGAUUAAUAAAAUCCAGAAAUUAAUCUUUUAAUAUCUGCCUUUUCACCAUGGAUGUGGUUUCUUAAUGUUAAACAUGAACCUGGUGCAUUAUAAAAUAAAAUAUAUAUCUGAGGGUUGCUUCUUGCUUGUACAGUUUACAGCAGAAGUUCUCUGAGAACCUCUUUUAUAUCCGAGAUAAUGUGGUGUUGUAUGUGAAAAUCCUCUAACCUAACUGAUAUGGAAUGGAUGAUGUAAUGGAUUUGGGAAAUCCUUGCGAUGCCCGGCCCUGCAAAAGCAGUAUGUGAGACGUAGAAUAGAGUGGACACGACAAAAGAUCUCACUUUAUAUUAGGCUGAGCCAGUAUUGCUGUCUGUGAUUUUUCAGAGCAGUUUUAAAGUUCUUGCCCAGUGACAGAACAUAUACACUGUCGUCACAUUAUUACCCCUCAGCACCACCAGUAUCACCCGUUAGCCCUACAGAACCAGCUCUGGGCCCGGCUUUGCAUGUGCGGAGAACUUCAUUCACAUGAUUUAACACUGGAUCUUUCACUUCUUCCAACCUGUUCUGUUUCUCUGAAGCUGCGUGUCAUAGCAAAAACUAAUAAUACUAACUUUAUUUAUAUGUCACCCAUCCAAAACACAAGAUAUAAUAUAAUUGCAACAAACAUCAGUUCAGAAAAAAAGCCAUAUGAGAAACGUGAGUUUUAGAAUGAGAUUUGAAAGAGGAUUCUGAGUUUGGCGUGUACAGCAAAGGCCCGGUCACCUGAAGGGACGGCACCAGGGUUAGGAUCCAUGAGGAGGGCAGCCAUCAGGUCACAGAUAGAUUUAAUUUCAUGUUCAUUUGAAUAGGGACAGAUGCUAAGACAUAGACAUUUGUGUAACAAAUCUCCAAUGUACAGCAUCCCAGCAGUUAUAGCUAUUGCUAAUUUCCAUUGCCCGCCCCUAGAAGUCCUUUUAUAGAGGCCGAUAGGAGCCUGAGCAUUUGAAAACCAAGCUAUAAAAUUGCUUGUAAAACGCAUAGGUAACCAGUAGAAGGGCAGCAAGGGUGGCUGGGAUGUGGAGUUAAAAACCUGGCUGUAUGCGCUGCAGUCUUUGGAUGUUUGGCCUGCUGAUACCAGAUUAAAGUGCGUGGCAGUAGUCUGGAGGAGAUAAAGCAUGGAGGAGCUUUUCUACAUCUGCAGAGGGAAGAAAUGAGCCAGUCUUGGUUAGCUGUCUCAGUUGGACAAAGUAGGACUGCACUACUUCAGUCCUCUGAGCUUCAAAAGACAGCGCUGGGUCCAAAAGUACACCUCGGGGUCGGGCUUAUUAAGCUCUCAAUCAGAUUAGUGAAGUUACAGAUUGUUCUUUAUUACAGGCUCUGGCAGUCCUCAGGGUUAACUUUCAUUUCACAGUUAGAUUGAGAGACUUAUCUAUCAGCCAGGCGGAUAUUUCAGCCGAUACUAGCCGCUAUACUGGCUGAUGUCAUUUAAAACAUGUUUAAACUCUCUAAUAUCAAUACCACUAUUGGCCUCGAGAAUCCAUUACGUUUCUGACUAUGGUCAGUAUGGUCUGUGUGAAGGUGAGGGACAUUACUCAACCUGUCACCACGCCAGCUGUUAAUAUCUGCUUUGAACUUUGAAGAAUAUAUCCAUCACCUGUGUUGGAAGAACUGAAUGUCUGGCUGACAUCUUGUGACCCUGGAUUGGUUCAGCUCCACGUGAAGAACGGGGCCUGGCUAGUCCUGUCAAAGUUUAGCUCUCGCCUCCUCACCAAAGCUUUGAUUCUUUCUGCACACCUGUAACGCUCCGUCUGCUGUAAUCACUCUGUGUUUAUUUCAUUUUCUGACAGCGUUAGAAGAGUGUAGGUAUUUUAAAUGUGUUAAAAUCCUCUGCUGGUUUUCAUUUGCGUGAUUGAUUUCAGGUGAAUCUGUUGAAUCCACGGGACAAUCGUAGAAAUGAUGACAUUUUGGCAUCUGAAGAAUUGUUUUGGAGUUAUGUCUUUGCACAGGAUGUUUAAUGAGUGGCAUUUAAGACAGGUUCAUUUCACUUAACACCCAUAGGUUCCCGUUAAAUUCAGCUUCAUGUCGGGCGUAAAAAAUAAAAUCUACAAUAUGACUAUGAACUCGGUUUAAAGACUGUGGCUGUUUGUGCUUUUCCUGCUGCGCUGUGCACGACCACUUGGCUGAGGACGCAGCGCUCUGUGAUUGGACGUCCUUUCCCGACCAGGCUGUACGUAUGGAACUGGAUCACAGCUCACCGUGGUUACCCCCCCCACUGUCUGUUCUGUCUAUACACACCGGCAUUGUUACAUAUGGACAUUGUUCUUGUCCUGGUAUUGCACCUUUCUGUAUAUAUUAUUAGGCAUUAUGAGAGCAGAUGUAAUGUGAAUUAAAGUUUUCAACUGGGA